AUGCGUUACUCACUCCUCGCUUUCGCUACUUGCGCUCUCGCAGCCCGGCCUUUCCUGAACGAACCAGACACUGGUAUCGAUGACCAGUUGGCUGGGUUCGUCGCCAAUGGAACUCUGCCUCCUCUCAGCUCCCUGGUUGGUCUGCCAGACUUCCAGUGGGUUGGUCGUCAACACAUGAACACCUCAGCCUACACAUACUACCGCAACGGAGCGGCUGGCGAAUGGUCGUACCGCAACAACCUAGAAGUCUUCUCCCGGUACCGAUUGAGACCACGCGUCCUGCGUGACAUUACCAACAUCGAAGCUUCCAUGCCCACGACCAUCCUUGGCCACAACUUCUCAGCGCCGUUCUUCAUCUCACCGUGUGCGCGUGGCGGAUACGCCAACGAAGAUGGCGAGCUUGGUCUUGUUAAGGGUGCUGGCGAGGGUAACAUCCUCUACAUGACCUCCCUCUACUCGUCGAAGAGCCUAGAGGAUAUCUACGCUGCUCGUCCCAACGGUUCAGAACAAGUCCUGUUCCAACAAGUAUACCUUGAUGGUGACAUGAACGACACACAAGUUCUCUUCAAGAGGAUCGAGAGCCUUGGUGCGAAGGCUAUUGUCCUGACCGUCGACUCGCCCGGUGACGGUGUCAGGCACCGUGCUGCACGUUACGGUGUUGGUUCCGCAGACGUCAACCUGAGCCUUCUGACCUGGGAUCUGUUCCAGCAGCUGUCCAACAUGACCUCCCUGCCUAUCAUCCCCAAGGGUAUCCAGACUGUUGAAGACGCCCGCGAAGCCGUCAAGCAGGGCGCAAAGGCCAUCUUCCUCUCCAACCACGGCGGCCGCCAAACCGACACUUCGCCAUCAUCUCUUGAAGUCGCUCUGGAAAUCUACAACGAAGACCCCGAGAUCUUCCAGCAGAUCGAAGUUUACGCCGACGGCGGUAUCCGCUACGGAACUGAUGUUCUCAAGCUCCUUUCUUUGGGUGUCAAGGCUGUCGGUCUGGGAAGGCCCUUCAUGUACGCCAACAUCUAUGGUGCUGAGGGUGUCGCAAGGGCGACCGAGAUGCUCAAGUACGAGCUCAUCAACGACGCAGCCAACAUCGGUGUAGCAGACCUGAAGAAGAUUGGGCCUGAGCUGGUUAACUGGAAGACUCCUGCUGUCAGCUUCAGCGUUUAA